CACUCUUCGCUUGAGUUGCCACMAACCAGAGUGACCUUCCGCCCCUGAUCCUGCUCGAUCGUUCACAGCUUGUACCUCAUCGACAAUGGGUAACUCGGCCUCAGCUCUUCCGUUCUCGGUCGACCAGCAGGUCGGUGCCCCCCACGACCACAACGGAUGGGCCCUGCACAAGGGAAAAUMGACGCUCAGCUCCGACAACGGGAAGGAGGUCUCGGUGUUUGUCGGGAAGAAACCGGACCUGUCCAAGACGCCCGUGGACCGACGGCAGCCGAACAAAACCCAGCUGGAACCCGCCCUCCACCACUACGAAUACUGCCGAAAACUGAGGCACCCGCACAUCCUCAAGGUCUACGCCACCCUCGACACGGACAAUCCGUCGGCCGCGGUGGUCAGCGGGGCUCCGGGAUCUUCCUCGGGGCAGCAGCAGCCCUCGCAACAAUCCGCAUCCGCCGGCACCGGGGACCUCAUCGUCGUGACGGAGCCCUGCAUCCCGCUCUCGGAAUGGCUGCUGGGGGCGGGAGCCUCGGGAUCUCCACCCACACCGGAACAGCUCGCGUGGGGACUGGAGUGCGUCGUCGAGGGACUCGCCUUUUUGCACAUGUCCGCAAAGCUCGCCCACGGGUGCGUGUCGCCGCAGAGCCUGUACGUAACGCCCUCGGGGGACGUCAAGCUCUGGAACUUCUCCCUGGUGACCCCCGUGGGCCCGAACACGAGCACGUCGGCCGGUGGACCCGACGGGCACUUUUUGGAAUUCGAGGCCGUGUGCUGCCCCGACAGCUACCGGAGCCCGGAGCGGACGGAGCAGCGCUGGGAGGCCGUCAGCAACACGGGCGGGGUCCACGCAAUGGACUCGUACUCGCUGGGCGUGCUGAUUGGGGACUACUGGUACCGAACCCCAACGACUAACGCCAACAGGGUGCCACAGACCCUGCAAAAGGCUCUCCAGCGGCUGACGACGGCCAACAUCAAGAUGCGGCCGCGACUCCAGCCCCUGCUGAAGUGCCCCGUCUUCGAUACGCAGUACAAGCAACUCCAGAAAUCCCUGGAACAAAUUACCAUCCAGCCCGUGGAACAAAAAAUCUACCUGUGGCAAAACCUGGGCAACCAGCUCCAGCAGCAAACGGGCGUGAUUCCAGAGGAUGUCGCCAAGUACAAAAUACUGCCUCUGAUCAUCAGCACGAUUCUAACAACCUGCGGGAACGAAAGCAUGCUGGCCCAGGAUAUGUACCGGAGAGAAAUCCUGGCGAUGCUGGUUCCUCUCUUUUACAUCGAGGAACACUACCAGGAUCCCGACAAGGCAGGAAAGGAAUUGGCACCCCUCGUUGCAAAGCUAUUCAUUGUGCCCGACCGAGGCGUUCGCAGUGUGCUGCUGAACAGAGUUGGGUUUUUGGCAAACACCCUCGACAAGAACGCCCUGAACGCGUCCGUCUUUGAACCACUCUGCAGUGGCUUCAACGACUCGAGCCCCGUCUUGCGAGAACUCACCCUGAAGGCUACCCAGACGCUGGUGCCGUCGCUGACGGCACCCAACCUCGAGAAAUUCUCGAGGUACCUGGUGCGCCUGCAAUCAGACGCGGAAAGCUCGCUACGAACGAAGGCCGUGAUGUUCAUCGCCAAUAUUGCCCCCCACCUGUCGGAGGUGUCGCGGCAAAAAAUGCUGCUCCCGGCGUACGGGAGGUCGAUCAAGGAUCCCUUCCCGGCGUGUCGGUUGUCCGCCCUCCAGUCGCUCAUGAAGUCCAAAUCACUCUUCUCUAAACAAGACCUGGCGAUCAAGGUGAUGCCGAGCGUGAUGCCCUUGUUGCUGGAUCCCAUGACGAACGUCCGGCAGGAAGCCUUUCGGGUUGUUCGGAACCUGCUGGAAGAAAUACAGCAGGAAUCCAAUUUGAUGACGGAGCGGGGUGACCCUCCCAUCGUGGGUGCCGCGGGGAGCCAACCGGCGGGAGCGCCAGCGGCGGCCGCCGCGGCUCCAAAACCGGCCGCUCCCGCCAGUGGUUCUUCUACCAGCGCCAGCAGUGGGUACCUGUCGGGGCUGUCCUCGUGGAUGAGCACUUCCACUGCUGCCACGCCGGCAGCGGCUCCUGCUGCCGCUCCCACACCGGUGCCGCCAAAGCCCGCGCCACAGGCACCCGUGCAGCAGUUUGCGGCUGCUUCGCUGAACCCACCCCAAGCGGCAGCGAUCGCAGAGGAUGGAUGGGGCGACGACGACGACGACGACGGAUGGGGCGACGACGACGACAUAGAUGAAAACGCAAUGGCGUUUUCGAGCAUUGGUGGCGGUGCUACCAACCAAACGCAUCCGCCCUCCUCGACGGUGAACACUAGUGCGUCAUCAAUGGGUGGAUUCGGUGGUGGCACGGACGACGAUCCCUUUGCCUCCCUCGGAAUGAAAACCGCAUCCAGCGUCGCCAAGCCCCGCCUCGGUGCGAAAAAGGGAAAGCUCGUCCUGCCGAAAAAGGCGCCGCCAGCGAAAAAACUGACGAUGGACUCCAACGAAAUGAGCGAUGGUUGGGACGACUUUUAACAAGGACGGUCCCUCGCCUACAUGACUUUGUAAACUAUCUAUAAUACCAUUGAAGCAAGACGACUAGUUGUUCAAAUCCUUUAGCAAGCUACAAGAAUCUUUCAUUUUUAUUCUUGCACACUCGUUAGUGUUACUUGUUGUCCGACAGUUUUCAAGACUAAUUCUAAAUCAUAGCCAUUCGAACGAUGCAGUCGUCAUUCGUUCAAUAUGUACCUUUGCGUUGUUCAGGAGGUGAAAAGUGGAAGAUUUUUUUUGUCAACACGUACUUCAAAAACUAGACAAGCCACAUAAAUUAGAUGGAGCAUG